AAGGUCGGUGGGUCAAUAAAAAUGUAUUUGUAGAAUUUAGGUGUUUGCCAUGGUUUUUGCUCUUUGUGUAUUAAAAUUUUGAGUUAUGGCUUUGUUUACAUCCAUCUUACAAAAAUAAACAUCACAGAGCAAAUUCCAUGCCACCAACCUCAUAAAAUUUUGUGACAAAUAGAAGUCUCCUAGUCAUGUUUGGGCUCUAGCUAAGCUAGUUACAUUUUUAUACCAUGUUUUCCUGAUAUUUGUAAAGCUAUGCUGAAAUUGACACACCAUUUUUGCAGAUACUCAAGACUCACAUUUGAGAAUAUUAAUCAUUAUUCAACUGUUGUCAAACAGUUUACAAAUUUGAGCUGUAAAAGAAAGACAUGUUUUACAUGGAACAGCCAGCAAUCAUUGCUCAGUCCUAUUGUUUAUUCGGGUGUACAGUGGCGGCUGUUAGCUAAUAUAAAGAAGAGAUUUCGGAACAAGAAAUCAUAUGUUGAUUCCAAUGUAGCAAAGAUACCCAAGCAAAUGAGUGAGUCAUUGCAGCCUACUUUGAAUCACAUCAGCUAUGGAGGACAAUUUGAAAUUUCAGAGGAAGAUAAUACUUCCAAUGAAUGGCGGGAUCAAUCCAGUUCCUUCAACAAAACACCAUGUAAUAUACCAACUGAUUUCCGGAUAUGGGAGUCAGCAGGAAAUAAUAAUGAGACCUCCAACGGUUUUAGAUUUAAAGUAAUGUCCUACAAUGUCCUGGCGCAGUACUUAUUAGAGUGCCACCCAUAUCUCUACAAGGAAUGCUCGCCUCGAAAUUUAAAAUGGAGAGUUCGUUCUGCCAGGAUUUACGACGAGAUCUUAAGUUUAUCACCCGAUAUAUUAUGCCUUCAAGAAGUACAAGUAUCACAUUUAAAUAGUUUCUAUGUCAAAUUGGAACAGAUGGGAUAUUUCGGUAUAUACAAGCAGAAGACUGGUCACAGGCAUGACGGCUGCGCGAUUUACUUCAAGCAGUGUCAUUUUGACAUGCUAGAUCAUGUUACCGUGGAGUACUAUCAGCCGGAGAUGCCUAUCCUCAACCGGGAUAACAUAGGGCUAAUGGUGAAAUUACUACCGAAAGCGUCGCCGUGUACACCCAUUGUGAUCGCCACAACCCACCUCUUGUAUAAUCCUAAGAGAACAGAUGUACGCCUGGCACAAAUGCAAGUACUCUUGGCAGAAAUCGAUCGUUUUGCUUAUGAUAGUAAAUCAAAGGGAUCCUACUUGCCAAUCAUUUUGACGGGUGAUUUUAAUUCAAGUCCAGACAGUGCAGUUAUAAAGUUGUUAGACAAAGGACGUGUUAGCGCUGGUGCAUUGAGGGAUAAUUCAGACUGGAAGAAAAUUGGCGUAACUGACAACUGCCAGCAUCUCUCUGUCUAUUUAAAUAGGCAUAAAGGAAUCGCUCCCGAUUUUAGUAUGCUAAAGAUAUUCAAUUCUGAUUACUCAAUAAACACUCAAGGGGAUGACACAUCUCCGAUUCCGGAUUACAGCGAGAUGUUCAAUAGCGGUUCGAUUUGUCACCCUUUAAAAUUGACAUCGGUCUACAACAAAGUGAAAAGUGACGGUCGAUUCGAGGCUACCACGUUCCAAGAUUAUUGGAUCACCGUGGAUUAUAUUUAUUUUAGUCAUUGCAAAUCCCUCAAGCUUUUGGAAAGGCUUCGACUACCUUCAGAAGUAGAGUGUGACGUCCUCGGAAAACUCCCAAACGACCAUUACGGCUCCGACCACCUCGCCCUGGCAGCGAUUUUCGAAAUCAAACCUACCACGUCUUCCCUGUAAAACUAUUUUGACUUCAAAAAGGUCUUCUAUAUCGUAACAUCCGUUUAUCACAUUUACUUCUUGGAACAGGUUUUUAAUGUUUAACUUUGGUAAUGAUUUUCAUUGACCAUGAAAUUUUGAUAUCCGAUACUUAACAUGUUUUUACACUGUGAAUUUUUUCACUACGACAAACAUUUUUUUACUUUGUUUCGAAUGAUAUGCUAUUAGAGCAUAAUUAUGGAUAGAAAGAAGCCAAUAUCACAUUCGAUGAAAAACGCACUUUGAAAAACAAAUGAAGAUUUGUAUGUAUCACAUAUUAUAUUACUUGGAAAUAUUUAUAUAAUUAAAUCCAUAAAAUAAAAAGGUUUGUAUGACUUAAUUAUUUCAUUAAAUAAACCUUAGUUUCGGUAUCAAUCAAUCGUUUCAUUUGUGCGCAAAGCGAUGGCGAAUUGUUAAAGUUUUGUAGUUUUCUCGAUAGGUUAUGUGACUUAACGUCGGUUAGUUCCGUCUGUUUAUUUAAUUUUUGAAUGAAGAAUUAUGUAUGAACAUUUUAAUAUCUUUGUAAAUAUUUUAUUGACACUCAGGUUUUUAUUUUUAUUUUAAAAGAAUAAUACAUAUUAGUUUUUAUAAGUUUCUGGAAAAAAAUAAUGUUUAAAGAAUCAUAAAUAUUCUUCAUAUUAAAAAAAUAUUCACCCUACGUGAUAAAUAAUAAAGGAAAAUCUAUUCAGUAUGUUCUAAUUUAUUGAGUCGAAAUUCAAAACAAUAGACAGAGAAUUUUCAUAGAAAUGAUAAGUAAUUUGGGCUUUGUUUGGAAAUAUAAUAGGGUUUAAGAUAAUAUAUGUAAAUAGUAUUGUUUUUAUUUAA